AUGACUGUAUAUAAUUUGGAGUAUCAGGGAAAAAUUGUUCAAAAAUUCUGUCUGUCGGGAAAAAAACGAAAAGGAAAACCCAACAAACCAGAAAUAUCAUUUUUAGGAAAAUAUGUGUUACAUCCAUAUAUUCCUGCAUUAGUCACUGCAGCAGCUCUAUCUCUCCUUGCUGGUAUAUCUCCUCCAGUUGCAAUCAUAAUCUCAAGUAUAUGCUUGUUGGUUAUGUACACCUCAACCAAGUGGCUUCUCACAAAUUUUCCUGGAAGUUUCACUUUAGGAGAAGGAGUUUUGCUGGGGCAAGCUACUUCAUUGUCUGUUACUUGGUCUGUCUAUAGUCUGUAUCAGACUACUGUAAUUCAGCAACAGUUGUCAGAAACACAGGAAACUAGUGUGUUUAUUCAGACAGCGAUACUGGUUGUGUUCCUCUUCACGGCUGGGUUGUACAAAUUUCCUCCACUCCGAACCCCUGAAGUAUUUGUGCUAUACAUAUGCUUGUCUGGAGCUGUUGGAGUGUUGGUAACAUCAUUGAUUAUGGGGCAGUGGUCACCUCUUUGGCUGUUUGAAAUCAUAUCUACAAAACCUCGCAGACAGAUUUUGAUGGCUUGGUGGUCACUACUCAGUGUUUUAUCUGUGGUCAUCACUUCAAUAGCUAAAAGAGAUCACUGCAGACAGCACAGAAACACAGAAUGCAAUAUGAUGAACUAGGAGGGACUGUGUGUGCACGAGCCACAGAGGCCAUAGUUCCCAUAGGUAUUAUAAUGUUUCCACAUGCUAAUGUUGGGAAGAUUCUCAACAAAUAAUUGAAAGCUGAGAUGAUGGGGCCG